AUCGUGCACUUCUUUCGUUCAUCUGGUUGCUCACCCAUUUCGUGCGUAUAAUCGUGGUUAGGCUUUCUCUUGUUCUCUAUAUUCUGAGUUUAGAGCAACCCUGAAGACGCUGCGCAACGCAAAAGAGCUAGACAUAACGGCAGUCGUGAAAGAAUUGGCGAAGAAAACGGAUCUUACCGCUUUUCUGAAGCCAUUGUGGUCUUCGUUGCUAGCUAUUGCGAACGAAGAAACUUAUGAAGCUGAUCACAAAGAAUGCUUACAUGCGCUCCGAACGUCAUCUGACCCCGAGAUGCUGAAUGGCUCGCAAGCUACGUUCUUCCUAUCGAAGUUGCUGGAGCUUCCAAGUUUGGAAGUGCUAUACAGCAAUAAGAAGUUCUCCAAGCAUGUUAGCAGUAUAGUUGCUCGUUCUACUAUGCAGGUUUUCGGACCAGUGGAUGAACUUGUAUACGGAAUGGAAGUCAAGGGACGCAAAUCUUUUAUCUUCAUUUGUCGAGCACUACCAGCUGCAGAAUUACAUAGUGGUGGAAGAAGAAGCCGAAGCAAAAAAGAAGCGCAUGCGGCGGCGAUCAGGUUCUCUGCGAAAGAGCAUCUCGGAAGUUGUGAUCCCUAA